UACCAUACUUUGAGAAAUUUCUAUAAUGCAGCAAACAAAUCUAUAUCCGGCAUCCACGCUCGAUAGUACAAGAAAAUUUCCUUCAAUAUCCCAGCCCAAAGCAAUCGGUUUCUUUAGCGUAGGUCCGGAUCGAGAGUAUAUACCCUCCGCAGAAAAUCUAAAAUAUUUGCGUUUGCCCAAAUCGGCACCGGGUAAACCGUUGCAGAUUGAUCUGAACGAGGGAUUCCAUAUUCGCAAACCAAAACCGGACCAUGAGAAUUACGAACGAAUGUAUGAUUUGCUGAGGUUCGUCGUUGGAAAUGAGCUGCAUCUACGUGAACGCAUCUCAGAAGCAGACCCCAACGAACGACUCAACUGUGAGUUUGUUUGUUUCCGGGGUCUGAUGCGGAUGGUGAUGUGUACACCUUACGAUUAGAAAACUGGUUGGAUAAUUUUAGCCAGUCGCUAUAAAAAGACUAUUUAUCUGUGUGCCAAAGAUACACCGGAAAAGAUUGCAGAGGAAGCGAACCAAACUGAGCAGCUGAAGCGGAUCUGUUACUAUGGACUCAAGUUUGAGCAGCAUAUUCUGGCUGAUGACCCUAACAGUCUACCAGACACAGAGUCUCCAGUGCUCGAGUCGGAGGAAUUCGGUGUCCUGUUUAGAAGAACACUGGAAGGAAAAAGAAUUCUGUAUUGUGCUGAAAUGGAUGGAAUCAUAUCCAACGAAUCCGUCGACAAAAAUAACCUUUGUGUGGACCAUCUUCAGCGACUAGAAUUCGUCGAAGUAAAGGUGAAACUAAUCGAGAAGAAUCAAAGGAAAGUGGACAACUUUUAUCGAUACAAAACCCGACAAUGGUGGUGCCAAAAUUUUCUUGUUAAUAUUCAACGAAUCUUCGUUGGUCUGAGGGAUGAUCGGGGUAUUGUCGAUGAGAUCAAAGAAAUGAGUUUGGAAGAGCUCCAUCGAUCUUCCCGAAAGUUCUGGUCGGCUUCAGUUUGCACCGCUUUCCUCUCACAAUUUCUGGACACAGUGCAAUUGAAAAUGCAGGGAAUUAACUGUCCUCAUACGGUUUACCGGUUUGAUUACGACCCUACAUGGAGUGCAAAUAUUUUCUUUUCUGUAGCGGAAGGAUUAAACAACGAUACAUUUCUUCCUAAUUGGUACUGUUCUAAGAUAUUGAAGUAAAGUUCCCCGAUUUAAACGAAGUACUGACGCUGGACUCUAAGGGCCCAGAUAAGCUGAAAUUCCGUUCCGAUUCCGUUCCGUUUUCACGUUGUGGAUCGCAGUGGAACUUAUGUUCAACCCUGUGCAUAUGUCUAAACCAGAGCAAAACAAAUCGAUCAUCUCUUUUUCUCCUAUCAAUUUUUCUUUCGUGUGUCAUCAUACGUUGCGUUACCAGUCAGAAAGAGAUAAACUUUGUUUACAUAUAGUAUUAAAAGCAGCAAACGAAAAUUUCAAUCACAUUUUAAAUCUUUCUGCAAUUAAAAAUAUAUAUUAGCAAAAGUUUUUCACUACAAUCGGAGCAUAAAAAAGUUCCGGAAGUGCUUGUGGAGUUUUGUUGUUGUUUUUCCGAAUAUUGAAGGCUCUUUUGUAUGGCAAUACAAAUUACGAAAUUACAACGAGUGAAACGUGUUAGCAUCUUUGAUACACAGCUGCUAUUUGGACCAGCGAUCAUGCAGUUUUGAAGGCUACACGUGGAAAUGGAUACCCUCGAUACGAGAUUUCAACGUGCCAUAAUGCGAUUUGGAGCUGGCUGAUAACUAUUCGACUAAAACUAUAUAAGGAAUAGACAAACGAAUGAAAUAUCA